CUUGGGUUACUCAAUGUUAAAUUUGAUUUGAUGCGUUCAUGUGGCUUGUAUGCAACUUCUGAAAAUAACCAUGGCAUUUUUCCUCAUACUGCAGUCAGUGGGUCAGCCUUUGCACCUGUGAAUCAGCUCAGUCUUUUCUGUCAUGUACAGUAAUUGGCUGCUCAGUUAUGUAGUGCCAUUUGCAGCCUCUUUUAGCUGCCUCUGUCAAACAUGCCAAGUCCUUCUGCCAGUAGUAAAGCACUUAUAAAUGAGCAUUUUGGAAUAAAAAGAGCAUUUUAUAAGCACUUGUAGCUAGAUUCUGAAGAACAAAAGUACUUCUGGAAUAAAGGUUUUUACGAAGCGAAAUAUAUAGAAAUGAAGAAGGCUAUCAGUCACAUUCUGGAUCAUGGCUAUUCUGUACUGGAUUCCCCCAAGGCAAAUCAAUCAUUUUCAAAAGUGGAUAAGCCCUUGACUAAAGAACAAGAGGAAGACAAAGUGUCCAAAAAGGGCAACAAGAAAAUAAAACAAACAUCUGAAAAGUCUCCACAAUGCAGAUCUGAGGGCAGAAGCAACCAGAAAAGUAGCUCGAUAAAUGUUAAGAGCAAGGAUGUCAGCCCUUCAACUUCAUUGACAUUGUCAUCCAAUAACACUGCUGUCAUCACAAAAACAAUUACCAGAACACAUCCUCUAAAGCAGAAAAUGCACUUUGUCAAUGUUAAGGCCCAGCAUCUGCAAAAUAUCAACAAACAAUCCAAAAGUAUAAAAGAUCUGGAGAUCCAACUGCUGCAAGUGGAGUGCGAAGAACUCAAAAAUCAGCUAGGAUGCCUGAGGGAAGGGCUGAUGGGGCAGAAGCCAGGCAACACGGAGGAGUUACUGAAGCAAUCUCAGAAAGAGCUGUUGUGGCUUCAGAGACAGCUGUCCUUUAUCUCCACAGGAGGCCCUGUGUGUGUUUUGGCAGCUAGCAAGUUUGGAAAUGAUCCAUCAUGUCUGCAGCCUGCAACAUCACAGAAAAUAUUUGAUCAGACCCAGUUUUUAGAAGAGACCCAGAUUUCUAAGUCUCAUGUCACCACCUUAAAUCAAGAGCAUCAUCACUGGCAGUUUUUAGAAAAUGAACUGAAGGAUGCUGUGCAAGAAAAGAAUCGCCUGAGCCUUCAGUAUGCAAGUGUGUCCCACAGAGCACUGCAAUAUGACCAGGUAAAAUCAGACUAUGACCAUCUUAGAGAAACCCUUCUCAGAGUGACCAAAGAACGAGAUUUGGCUGUAAAGGGAAAACACCAGCUCCAAGCCAAGCUGGAGAACUUAGAGCAGGUCCUAAAGCAUAUGCGAGAGGCUGCUGAACGGCGGCAACAGCUGGAGUUGGAGCAUGAGCAAGCCUUGGCUGUUCUCAACGCCAAACAGCAGGAAAUUGAACUCCUGCAGAAGGCUCAGGUUGAAGCUAAGAAGGAACAUGAAGGAGCAGUUCAGUUGCUAGAGAACACCUUGGACAGCAUGCAGGCCAAGGUCCGAGAGCUAGAGGAGAAAUGCCGGACACAGAGCGAACAAUUUAACCUCUUGUCCAGAGAACUGGAGAAGUUUCGACAGCAAGCAGGGAAGAUUGAUCUCCUGAGCAGUAACUCGGUGGCAUCCUCAGAUAUCCCUGGUUCUUCUGGUAAAUCUCUAUCCCAGUUAAUGAAUGGAAUAGCCACUUCUAUAGGCAAAGGUCACGAAAGUCCUUCUGGAAGUCGUUGUGUGAUUUCAGAGUUUAUACGACCCCUUCAAAUAUCUGGAGACAAACCAGAACAACUGUCUGUCAAACCUACAUUCCUGUCCAAGUCAAGAUCUGGUACCCCAAGAUGCAGAUUUGAUUCAGACAUGGAUAAUGAUCAGAAUUCCAAUACCUCAAAGCAGAGAUAUUCUGGGAAAGUCCAUCUUUGCAUUGCCCGUUAUAGUUACAACCCUUUUGAUGGACCAAAUGAAAAUCCAGAAGCAGAGCUCCCCCUUACGGCAGGAAAGUACCUUUAUGUGUAUGGAGAUAUGGAUGAGGAUGGCUUUUAUGAAGGGGAACUUCUAGAUGGACAAAGAGGACUAGUCCCUUCAAAUUUUGUGGAUUUUGUUCAAGACAAUGAGACCCGAUUAUCAAGCACAUUAAGCAGUGAACAAGAUCAGAAUUUUAUAAACCAUUCAGGUCCUAUUUUGGAAGGAGAUCUCUUGGAGAUAAGUCCACCAAGUCACAUAGACUCUAGCGUAAUCAGCAAUGGCGCAGGGACUCUGGAUGUGAACAUUGAUGAAAUUGGAGAAGACAUUGUGCCUUAUCCUAGAAAAAUCACCCUUAUUAAACAACUAGCCAAAAGUGUCAUUGUGGGCUGGGAGCCACCGGUAGUGCCACCCGGAUGGGGAACCAUUAGCAGCUACAAUGUUCUGGUUGACAAAGAAGUACGGAUGAACAUAGCCUUGGGAAGCAGAACGAAAGCUCUUAUAGAAAAGCUUAACAUUUCUACUUGUACAUACCGAAUAUCAGUUCAGAGCAUUACAAGCAAGGGUAACUCAGACGAACUGCAGUGCACUUUGUUAGUUGGGAAGGAUGUCAUAGUAGCCCCCUCUAAUCUUAAAGUGGACAAUAUAACCCAAAUUUCUGCUGAGCUGUCCUGGCUCCCUACAAAUAGUAAUUAUAGUCACGUGAUCUUUCUUAAUGAAGAAGAAUUUGACAUUGUCAAGGCUGCUAGCUACAAGUACCAUUUUUUUAAUUUGAAGCCCAAUAUGGCCUACAAGGUGAAGGUCAUGGCAAAGCCCCAUCAGAUGCCCUGGCAGCUUCCCCUGGAACAACGAGAAAAAAAGGAAGCCUUUGUGGAAUUUUCUACAUUGCCAGCAGGUCCUCCAGCUCCACCUCAAGAUGUUAUUGUACGGGCUGGGUCCACGCCAGCAACCAUACAGGUGUCCUGGAAACCACCAACUCUGACAGCAACAGGGACCUCCCACGGCGCCAAUGUCACGGGCUAUGGGGUUUACGCAAAAGGUCAACGGGUGGCGGAGGUGAUCUUUCCAUCAGCAGAGAACACAUUGGUGGAGCUAAUGAGACUAAGGAGCUUGGAAGCAAAGGAAGUUACAGUUCGAACACUCUCUGCACAAGGGGAAUCAGUGGAUUCUUCUGUUGCUGCCAUUCCAUCUGACCUACUGGUGCCUCCAACCCCUCACCCCAGAACUGCUCCCAAAUCUAAGCCAUUAGCAAGUGCCGGAGCCCCAGAAACCAAAGAAGAACAUUUAGGUCCACAUUUAAAAAUGGAUGAGUCAUGGGAGCAGACUCGUUCGGCAUCCCCUGUUCAUGGACACAUGCUUGAGCCACCUGCUCCUAACUUUCACAGCCCGCUUCAGGGCAGGAGGUCUCCAUCACCCAACCGAAUACUCCCUCAACCUCAAGGCACACCCGUCCCAAACACUGUCGCAAAAGCCAUGGCAAGAGAAGCUGCACAACGAGUUGCAGAGAGCAAUAGGAUGGAGAGGAGGAGCGUUUUUAGCGAAAGGGGUAACGCAGCCCAGUAUGCUAACUCAGAUGAUGAGGAAGACGGCUAUGAUUCUCCUAAUGUCAAAAGAAGGGGGGCUUCAGUUGAUGAUUUCCUGAAAGGAUCAGAACUUGGAAAGCAACCUCACUAUUGCCAUGGUGAAGAGUACCACACAGAGAGCAGCCGAGGUUCUGAUUUGUCUGAUAUUAUGGAAGAAGAUGAGGAAGAGCUGUACUCUGAAAUGCAGCUGGAGGAUGGAGGAAGGCGACGAGUCAGUGUGACUUCACACAAUGCACUUAAGGAGUGCGAUAAGAAUAAGACCACUGAAGCCACUUUUUUGGAACAGCCUGACUUUUCACAGCAGAUGCAUCACAGUAAAAAGCUUUUCAGUAUUCCAGAAGUAGCUGAAGAGGAUGGUGAAUACUCUGAACUGCUGUACAAGCAGGGUUUAGGUAUGCCCUAUAAAAAGAAUCCCAAAAUAGCUAGAGACUCUAGACCACCUAGGCCCUACAAUCAAGACCAGCAGCACAACUUCUGGUACCCAGCCAAGCACAGAAUUUCAGGCAUGGAGGAUUUUGCUGCAGACGACAAAGGAUGUAAAUAUAGCCGGUCCUUAUCGAGAAGCCCAGACAGUGGACUAGACUGUGGAAGCGAAGAAGAAGAAUCUCGUUUUAAUUUCAGAUAUACUUGCGAUUCAGUUUCUGCCAACGUUGCAUCUAGCUGUUGUGCAGAGACUGCUAACUGUUCCUGCAGGAAGAGCAUGAGGCCAUUGCUUGCUCGCAGGAAAACUUUAACGAGACAAACCAGCAUCGAAGAAGAUUUUGGUGACCUGGGUCCUUCCUUUGUAGAGCCCAGGAGUGAACAGGUCAAGCCCAGUUACGAGAAAAAGUAUGAGACUCAGAAAUGUAAUAGAACAGAUAAUUUGUCUAAUGAAGAUAUUCAGGGAGGCUGGAAGACCGACUUAAAAAUGGCUGAUGCUAGGGCAGCUGGUCUACUUGCAAAGCCAUCCCACAGAGAUGCAGAAGACUCUCUGCUUUUAGGUAAUCCAUCAUCUGCAGGACGGCCUGAAAGGGCGGAGCAUGCAGGGCGAAGGUCCUCUCAUGGCAGUGCAGUGCCACAAAGGUCUCGACCAAUGUUGGUCCCUUCCAUUGAAAUUACAAUGGACAGUAACAGUGAAGGCGGUCGGUCUCGGUCAGGUAGUGAGGGAAAUAUUUCACCCGUAAAAGAAGAAGCUUAUUAUCGCAGCAUUGGUGGACACAAGAAAUGGCCUCAGCAGCGUACCAUGGCCUCUGAAUAUAGAUACGAUGGCUAUGGUGGUCAUGACCAUCUUUCUCCAGAUAUUUACGAAGAGUCAGAAACAGAUCCUGGCACAGAAGAUAUUUCUACUCGAAUAUUUGUUGCACUCUUUGACUACGAUCCGCUGACAAUGUCCCCAAAUCCUGAUGCUGCAGAAGAAGAGCUGCCAUUUAAAGAAGGACAGAUCAUUAAGGUUUAUGGGGACAAAGAUGCUGAUGGAUUCUAUCGUGGAGAAACCUGUACAAGAAUUGGCCUUAUCCCAUGUAAUAUGGUCUCUGAGAUCCAAGCAGAUGAUGAAGAGAUGAUGGAUCAGCUGCUAAAACAAGGCUUUCUUCCUUUGAACACACCAGUUGAGAAAAUUGUCAACUGUGACCGUUUCAAAGAGAGCACACGCUCUGUACACCGCAGAUCCAGAAAGUCUAAAAGAGAAAGAAACAGACGGAGUGGGAGACAACAUUCAGUGUCUACGAGAAGGAUGGUGGCACUGUAUGAUUAUGAUCCACGUGAAAGUUCUCCUAACGUCGAUGUAGAGGCUGAGCUGACAUUCUGCACAGGGGACAUUAUUACUGUCUUUGGUGAAAUUGAUGAAGAUGGAUUUUACUAUGGUGAACUUAAUGGACAAAAGGGGCUAGUUCCUUCCAACUUUCUUGAAGAAGUGCCUGAUGAUGUUGAAGUCUAUCUAUCUGAUGCACCCUCACGAUAUGUUCACGAUACACCGAUGCGUACAAAAGCAAAAAGGGUUCCUCCUGAGAAUACAGGUACAUCACGGAGAGCACCAUCCCCCACAGUUCAUCUCCAUUCUGGGUCACCUACGUCACCUAUGGGUUCUGGUAGUCCCGGGAGAGGCAGGGAUAUGUCCUCGAAAAAGAAAAAGGGGCUGCUUUCCAAAGGCAAGAAACUACUGAAAAAGCUUGGUGCAGUGAAAUGAUUCAUGUACUCCUGGACAACUUGUAAAGCUUCCAGUCUGUGUGUAUUUUUUUUUUUUUUUUAAACGUCAAAACUAGGGCUUUCAUGACUAUGCAGUACAACUUUACCAAAACUUUGCAUUUUUAAGUCUGACAUCAGUAGAAUCAUGUGAAUUGCUUAAUCAAAACAGCAAGAAAAAAGGAAGUGGAUUUGUUGUUGCAAAUAUCUUUUUUUCUUUAAAAAAAAAAAAAAAAAAAAAAAAAAAAUUGUGGGAUUAAGACCAGAAGAACAUGGUUUGAUUUGAAGUCAACUCAACACCUGCAACUCCAUUGGAUAAAUCUCAGCCUUUAGUCUCCUUUAACCAUGAGUGGGGGGAAGAAAACUAUUCAUUGAGUCCUGGUUCAGAGAGAUCACCCCACUGUAUCUAAUCUUUAUCAUAAGCAAAAAUGGUCUUGAAACUCCUAGUUUAAUCAGCCUUGAUGUUUUGCCUUAUUAAUGCACAAUGAUUUGUACUGUCUAAUAAAUAUACAGCGUAUACUUUGUAUGUACUGUGUAUUCAACUGUCUUCAUAUUCCCUAAAACAUGGUAAUUUAAGAUCAAGUACUAUGUUACUGACUCCAUUCAAUGUCUGAUGUAACUCCUGGGAGUUUGAAAGUGCUGUGCAAAAUGCUUUCUUUCUGGUUUUUGCUGCUUUUUUUUUUUUUUCCUAAACCAACCCCCUUGUAUCAAUUUCUUUUGUCAACAUUUUCACUAAACUGAAAUCAGAUACAGUGUAAGUUAUUCAGAGACUCACCCAGUUUCAACCAUACAACUUCCAGUUUUGGAGUUCCUGGUUCACUAUUCUAAAUUACCAGGGGAAAAAGCCAGACAAACAAACUAAUAAACAACUCUACAACAAAAAACCUUUACUCCCCAACUUUUCUUCCUGUGGAGGUACAGUCCUAAGUUAAAAGGUAUUUUCAUAUUGCUGAUGUCAGAUUCAAGAUGAAGUGCAUGUCUAAAGUAAAAAGUGAACAACUGUGUUACAUACACAAGCCGUAGCCAGUAAAAAGGCUGCAACAGGUGAUAAUCAAAUAUUAAUUGCAAUAUUGGCAUCUCAAGAAAAACAAUCUUACACAUUGAUGGCAGUCAUUGGCUGUUACUAUUUUGUAAUUCUUGUCCAUUUGUAAAUUGUUUUUACUGUUUAUACAUACUUUUCAGACUGCCUUUCUUUUUGUAAUUUAUGGAAGGUUUAUAAAUGAAUGAUCAAAGCUUCCCCAUUGUGUCUUCAGAUAAUAAUGUAAAUUACUGUAAGAUACCGUGUGCUAGAUUGUAACAUUUAAUUAAAGAAAAUAACUGGCCUAAAUUUGUGGUAAAGUACUGUGUGGGUGUGUGCAUGUGUACAACUGUUGUGUAUUAUAUUUUAUAUAAAUAAAUAAUUUGAUAUUUUGUA